AUGGAGUUCAUACAGCAGAGAAACCUUCACUAUUCGGCCAUUGAAGUGAACUUUGGAGAUGAGGGAUUGUACCAGUGUCAGUAUCAGACAAACGUUUCAGGUCGAGACUUCAGCUCCCCCAUAAGUGACUCUGUCAGACUCUCUGUUACUGUGCCGCUGCAGCAGCCCAACAUCUCCCUGACGUCUCCUAACAAAGGGCUGGUUUGGGGCCCUGAAGGUGCAGAGGUCACCAGGGGUUACAGCUUUGUCUUCACCUGCUCCAUUUCCUCUUAUUAUCCCGGAGGUGUUUUCUUUCUCGUGUCGUCGGGCUCCGGCCUCAACAACACCAAACCAGCAGUCAACCACUCAGCCUCCUUUGACUUCCCGUUGGCCGAGUAUGAGCACCUGGGGAACUACGUCUGUGUGUACGAAGUCACACUGUCUGCACGGAGAUUCACUUCCAACAAGACACCAUCGAUUACUGUCACCAUCAAAAUGUCUUUGUUGCCGCUGGUUUCCUCAGUCGCUGUCGUGGGUCCACUGCUGCUCCUGCUGGUCUUGGUGGGGGUCUGUCUGGUCUGCAAGAGAAAGAGACGAGCCGAGCAGCCUAAUGACCUGGUCCAAACUCAAUUGUCUGUCCGAGUCCACAACGAUUAUGAAAAUAACACAAAUGGGGACGAUGAGGAUGAGUAUGAGAACGUUGAUCCAGUGCACACUGAGAAACUCAGAGAGGAAGCAGGGAGGGUGGAAGAAGAGGAGUAUGAUGUGUAUGGGGAGUCAGAGAUUAAUGAAGAUGAAGGUCAUCAUUCUGACCAACAAGAAACCAGUGAUGAUGAAGCUGAUUAUGAAAAUGUCACCCAGAUAUUGGUUGAAGAAACUGUGGAUAUUUAUGGAGACGAUGAGGAUAUUUAUCAAAACUUUUGAGGUGUCUUAACUGUUGAAUGAUGCUGAAAUACCUCAGGAGAAUCUGGCUAGUAAAUAAUGAUGUGUCACAGUGUAUUCAUACAGUUUCUAACAAAAUCCUUGGCUUAUUAGAACGGACAAGACACAACUUGCAUUGGCCAAUUCUCAUAAGGUAAUGAAUUGCUUUUUGUCCAGCCAGUAUUCUUGUGACCAUUUUGCCUUUGGAUAGCCUAAGAGGAUCUUUUUUCUUUCUUCAGUUUGAUUUCAUAUUGAUUCUUCCAUCCUCAUUUCAGUUGCAUGUACCAAAAUCUUUACAAAACUACUCAAAGCCUAAAAAGGACCACAUGACCCUAUUUAGAUACUUAGAGAUUAAAAUCACAUACCAGAAUAUCAGAAUUAUAGAUGUAAUUUGUCUUAAAAUAAAGGGAAAACCAAAGGUAAGAGAGAGUACACAAAUUGAGCAUUGGCAUGAAGGC